UGAAGACUGUUUUGAUAUAGUAGCAUUUUAAAUUACUACUAGUCUCCUCUCCACUUUCAUUGUACCAAUAAUGGCUUCUAAAACACAAAUAAUAGCUCUUUUCCUUUGCUUCCUCUCCUCCACCUCCUCCGCCACCUACUUCAAAAAGCGCCGCCAUUAUCGACCUUGCAAAGAACUCGUGUUCUAUUUUCACGACAUACUUUACAAUGGUGAUAAUUACAACAAUGCAACUUCGGCCAUAGUUGGGUCCCCGGAAUGGGGCAACAAGACUGCCGUCGCACAACCAAACAAUUUUGGUGACGUAGUUGUCUUUGAUGAUCCCAUUACCUUAGACAACAAUCUGUAUUCGCCCCCGGUGGGUCGAGCACAAGGGAUGUACCUCUACGAUCAAAAGAGUAUGUACAAUGCAUGGCUGGGGUUCUCAUUUUUGUUCAAUUCUACUAAGCUUGUAGGAACCUUGAACUUUAUUGGGGCUGAUCCAUUGUUGAACAAGACCAGGGACAUAUCCGUCAUUGGUGGAACCGGCGACUUCUUCAUGGCUAGAGGGAUUGCCACUUUGAUGACCGAUGCUUUCGAAGGGGAUGUGUAUUUUAGGCUUCGUGUUGAUAUUAAGUUGUAUGAAUGUUGGUAAACAAUUUAGCCCCACCUAAGUAUACCUAUUACAUAUCUUCAACGAGUUUAAUAAUGAGCGUGAAAGUCAUAAUGUUCUAUUGAGAGAAAAAACACUUAUAAUUAGCUUUUCAAUAAUAAAAAUUAGUUUGUGGUGCUUUUGUAAAUCAAUAAUUGUCAUAUGUUGAAGAUGAUCUCCAAUGUUCAAGCAUUUUCCUACUUUCGGUUCUUGAAAGUGUGAUCAGAUUUUUCUGAAUUCUAUAA